AACCGGCCCCGAACCGGCCCCCGAACGGCGCCCGACGAACCGACCCCACCCGAACCGGCCCCGAACCGACCGAACCGGCCCCGAACCGGCCCCCGAACCGCGCCCCGACCGCCGCGACCCGAACGGCGCCGAACCGCCCCGACCCCCCGAACCGGCCCGAACCGGCGCCCGAACCGGCCCCGAACCGCACCCGAAACCGGCCCCCGAACCCGAACCCCCGAACCGGCCGAACCGCCCCCGGCACCCGAACCCCGCGACCCCGAACCGCGAACCCCCGAACCGCCGAAACCUGACCGCGACGCCCGGCGACCGACCCGACCCGAACCCGACCCGAACCGCCCCCGAACCGGCACCCGAACGCGGCCCCGAACCGCCCCCGAACGGCCCCCGAACCCCGCCCCGAACCGGCCCCGAACCGGCGCGACCGAACCGCCGAACCCCACCCCGAACCCCACCCGAACCGGCCACCCGAACCGGCCCCGAACCGACCCGACGCGGCGACCCCCCACCCGCCGGCCCGAACCGCACCCGAACCGGCCCCGAACCACGCGACGAACCGCACCCCGAACCGCCCCCGACGCCGCCGAACCGCGAACCGGCCCGAACGAACCCCGAACCGCACCCGAACCGGCCGCGACCGGCGCCCGAACCGGCCCCCGAACGCGACGAAACCGGCCGACGCCGCCCCGAACGACGCGGCGACCGCGAACGACCCGAACCGGCCCCGAACGGCCCCCGAACCGGCCCCGGACCGACGCGCCCCGACGGCCCCGAACCGCCCCGAACCGCACCCGAACCGGCCCCGAACGCCCGACCCCACCGGCCCCGAACCGCACCCGAACCGACCCCCCGAACCGACCCCGAACCGGCCCCGAACGACGGCCCCGAACCCCGCCGAACCGCGCCCGCGAACCGCGACCCGCGACGCCCGGCGAACCGGCCCCGAACCGCGGCCCCGCGACCGACGACGAACCGCGGCGAACCGGCCCCGCGAACCGACCCGAACGGACGGCCCCGAACCGGCCCGACCCACGACCGCCACGAACCGGCCCCGAACCCGCGCCCGAACCCGGCCCCGAACCGCACGACGAACCGGCCCCGAACCGGCCCCGAACCGGCACCCGAACCGCCCCCGAACCGCCCCCCGAACCCGAACCCCCCCGAACGCCGGCCCCGAACCGGCCGCGAACCGCGCGACCCGAACCGGCCGACGAACCGGCCCCGAACCGGCACCCGAACCGGCCCCGAACCGACCCCGAACCGACCCCGAACCGCCCGAACCGACCCCGAACCGGCGGCCGACCCGCCCCGAACCGGCACCCGAACCGCGACCCGAACCGACCCCGAACCGGCCCCCCCGGACGCGGCCCGCCGAACCGCACCCGAACCGGCCCCGAACCGGCCCCCGAACCGGCCCCGAACCGACACCCGAACCCGCCCCGAACCGCACCCGAACCGCCCCGAACCGGGACCCGCCGAACCCGCGCCCCCCGACGGCCCCGCGCCCCCGAACCCGCCCCGAACCGAACCCGAACCGGCCCCGACCGGCCCCGAACCGACCCCCGAACCGACCCGGAAACGACGAACGACACGACCCCGAACCGGCCCCGAACCCCCGACGAACGCCCCCGAACCGGGCCGAACCGACGCCCGAACCGGCCCGAACCCCACCCGAACCGGCCCCGAACCGGCCGAACCGGCCCCCGAACCGGGCGAACCGGCCCCCGAACCGACCCCCGACGACCGACCCGAACCGCCCCCCGACGAACCGACGGACGAACCCGAACGGCCCCGAACCGCACCCCCGAACCGCACGACGAACCGGCCCGACCGCCCGAACCGUCCCCGAACCCGCGACCGAACCGGCCCCGAACCGGCCCCCGACCGGCCCCCGAACGGCGGCCCCCCGACCGACCCCCGACCGGCCCCGAACCGCCCCCGACCGCCCCGAACCGCCCGCGACCCGAACCGACUACCGAACCGCCCCGACGGACCGACCGAACCGGCCCCGACG